AUGAAGUUCUCCACUAGCAUCGUCACUAUUGGAUUCGCCGUCUUCCGAUCCGUAGCUGCCCAAUCCCCAACAACAACCAUAACCGUUACCCCCUACUGCGCGCCUGCCCCAACAGAUGAAUCAGUAUCUCGUGCCGACGUCCCUGUACCGUCGUGCGCCGGCGGCGCAAACGAGACCAAGCCCAUGAUCGUAAGCAUGUCGGGUGGCAUGAUGCCAACUGCGACCAUGAGCGGAGGUGGAGCUAUGUUUACUGGUGCUGCAACGAGGAUGGAUGCUGGCUUGAUGGGUGUGGGAUUGGUUGGCGGUUUGAUGGUUGCGAUGAUGGGUUAA